AUGGCAGAGAACGAGACUUCCGCGCAGCAGCAGAAGCCGGGGCCUGACGAUGAAUCCGCGCCCGCGCCCGCGCCCGCGCCUGUGGAAGAGGCCAAUGUUGCCCUAGAUGCUGCAGCAGCAAAUGACCAUGAUACUCUAAAAUAUUCUCUUCUGGGACCAUCUCUGACCAAGGCCGGCCAGGACUCGGUCGACCAGAGCAAGGUGUCCGAGAUCAUCUACAAUGCUUCCAAGGGGUCGAAAUUCUUCAACCGCGAGGAGGCCAAGGACCAGAUCCUGACGCGCAAGAUCGCCGCCAUCCUGGCCAAGAAGCAGCGCCUCGAGCGCCUCGACCUCUCGCGUGAGCUAAGGCACGCCGACCAGCUCAUCGCCCAGCUCGAGGCCAGCCGGGACCUGACCCAGUGGGUUGUGCACGUCGACUGCGAUGCCUUUUAUGCCGCCGUUGAGCAGCUGGACCGCCCCGAGCUGGCCGACGUGCCCUUUGCCGUCGGCGGCGGUGUCCUGACCACAUGCAAUUACGCCGCUCGCAAGUUUGGCUGCCGCAGCGGCAUGGCUGGCUUCGUUGCCAAGAAGCUGUGCCCCCAGCUGCUGCUGAUUCCCCUCAACUUUGACAAGUAUACGGCCAAGGCUCGCGAGGUGCGCGAGGUCCUGGCCGAGUAUGACCCCCGGUUUGAGAGCGCCAGCAUAGACGAAGCCUACCUCAAUAUAACCGAGUACUGCAAUGAGCACGAAAUGGAGCCAGAAGAGGUGGUGCAGCGCAUGCGCGACGAGGUCCAUGAGCGCGCCAAGAUCACCGUCUCGGCUGGCAUCGCGGCCAAUGCCAAGCUCGCCAAGAUUUGCAGUAAUAUGAACAAGCCCAAUGGCCAGUAUCUGCUAUCCAGGGAGCGGAGCGCCAUCGUGACCUUUAUGCGCGAUCUGCCCUGUCGCAAGGUCAACGGUAUCGGCAGGGUGUUGGAGCGCGAGCUGGCCGAGGUUGGCGUCAAGACGUGCGGUGACAUUUACCCACAGCGGCAGUACCUGCGUCAGCUUUUUGGCGAGAAGGCAUAUGAGUUUCUCAUCGCGGUGCAUCUUGGCCUGGGCCGGACCAAUGUCCAGCCAGCCGAGGAAUAUGAGCGCAAGAGCGUCGGAACCGAGAGUACCUUUCGCGACAUGUCGGACCCGGUCCAAAUGCGGGAGAAGUUGAAGUGGACCGCUGAAGAACUUGAAAAGGACAUGCGUCGCGCCGAGUGCAAGGGUCGGACCCUUUGCCUCAAGAUCAAGCUGCACUCAUAUGAGGUCUUUACGCGGCAAGUCGUCACACCCAAGACAAUCUAUCAGGCUGAAGACCUGUACAAUUACGCCCUGCCCAUGCUGGCAAAACUCGAGCAGGAGAUGCCCGGCAUGAAGUUGAGACUAAUGGGCCUGCGAUGCACGCACCUAGUCAGCACAAAGAAGCCAGACACGCGCGCAUUCUUUGGCCUGAAGCCGAAGCGCACAGAGUCAGGCGACUCGGGGACUGAUGUGCCCGCGAAACGAAAGGCCGACUCGGACGGUGAGUGGGAGACUUGGCCGGAGGAAGCCACCGCCGAAACCACGGAUGCCGAGCUGGAAGCUUCCGCUAAUGCACUGUUGGGCAAUGAACGAGACGAUGAUACUGAUGCUGAAGAAUACCGUCGGCACGGAAAAGAGAUAGUUCCCAAUCCUACGCCAAAAGGGGCCAAGAUAAAACCCAAGGAGGAGGAGGAAUGGUGGGAUUGUCCGAUAUGCAGUCGACCGCAACCCACAGAUGAGAGGCAGUUCAAUGAGCAUAUCGACCUAUGUCUUUCACGGCAAACGAUUCGGGAUGCUGUCCAGAGAGAGGCCGAGAGUAUCAGUCCAGCACCAAGGCAAGGCGACCCAACAAGCUCGAACAAGAGAGCCAAGACGGGGACGAAUGAGAAAAGGCGUGGACGCGGGCCUAAUCCUGGCCAAGCCGAUCCAAAACAGCGCAAACUCUUCUUUGGAUGA